GUGCCAUGUGCGUUCCGCCCGUUGAGACAGGAAGAACUUGAGGAUCGGCUACUUGGCGCAGGAUGAGACAUACAGGGCGAUCUACGCUCGGCCGAUGUUCAGGUGAUCGAUUUUGAGAGUUGAUAGUAUUAUAGCUGCUCAUGGAGCUUGAAUUUGAGGUAUAUGUUGUCUGAGCAUGUCUCUCUUGAGGUUAUUGUGAUCUUCGACGUCGGUCUUGGGUUGCUCGAAGGAUUGUAUGUCGGUGAGAACUAUAUUGUUGAUUUGAUGAUGGUGAUAUCAUGGCGGAGGAUAUUCGGAACUACUUUUCCUUGGACUUGGUAGUAGAGCCUGAAUAGAGUGAUAACUCGAAGACUGCUGGGAGACUUGAGUUGAGACAUCAUAUAUUGCGGGAUUUCCUGAGCCGUAGUCAGUCAAUUUCGAUAAGAACAUAUUAAGGACUGUCUUGAACCACUCUUCGACAACAUACAC